AUGGCGCUUCUUCAGCGUGUGGUGCAGGUUAUGCACGAUGUGGCCCCACUCAGCCUCGCAGAUCACUCGUGGGACAACGUUGGUGUUCUGCUUGAGUCUCCAGCACCAAACAAGAGCAACACUCUAAUGCUCACCAUCGAUCUCACCCCGGAGGUGAUGGAAGAGUGCUUAGAAAAGAAAGUUGAGGUCAUUCUUGCCUACCACCCACCGCUCUUCCGCCCUGUGAAACGCUUGACACUGCAGGAUCCGAAGCAGCGUAUUAUCCUGCAGGCGGCCUCAGCAGGGAUGUCGAUCUACGCGCCACACACGUCGCUUGACGCUGCAGACGGCGGCAUCAACGACUGGCUUGCCUCUUUGGUUGCAGGCGACGUUGCCUACACCGCCGGUCCCAUCCAACCCACCUCGUCGUACGCACCGAACGCCAAGGAGGCAACGGAGGCCACCGGAAUGGGCCGCCUUGUCAAGUUAAAGGAGGAGGUGGAACUCUGCUUCAUGGUGGAGUCACUGAAGCAGCAGCUGAACCUGCCCACGGUGCGAGUGGCAUUGCCCGACUCAUGGGAGCCGUCGCACAGGGUAUCGUCCGUAGCCCUGUGUGCCGGCAGCGGCGCCGGUGUAUUUCGGCUGCUGCGCCUCCCAGUGGACGUGCUGCUCUCUGGUGAGAUGGGCCACCACGACGUUCUGGCCGCCACGGCAGCUGGGCGGGCGGUUAUUCUCUGCGAGCACACAAACACAGAGCGCGGCUUUCUCAGGGCGGUGCUACAGCGCACACUGCAGGCAAGGCUAGAGGGAACCACCGUGCUGGUCUCCGAAAAGGACCGAGAUCCACUUGUGGCCUGGUAG